AAUGUUUCCUCACUCCUGCCCUCUUGGUACUGCUUCCUCUUCCCUCAUCACCUGAAGUAUUGUUUUACAGCCCGGAAAGAGACUUCACCAGUAGCAGCUCCUCCUAAGCUAGCGAACUUUAGCCAUAGCUAUUUUGUACUAAAACCAAUAAACUCGCAGAAACUCGAGCCGCCGCCCUCGUCCCUCACUCAGCACCGCCUGCGCCGGGGCGGGUCCCCCGGGCCGCCAGGGGGCACUGUGCCCCGCCGAGCCCGCGCCGCUCCCGUCUCGGUCCCCCCCCGCCCCUUCCGUCUCUUCCGCCGCCGCCAUCGCCGGGACGCCGGGCAGCUCCGCGCCAUGUCGUCCCACAAGACGUUCAAGAUUAAGCGCUUCCUCGCUAAGAAGCAGAAGCAGAACCGGCCCAUCCCGCAGUGGAUUCGCAUGAAGACGGGCAAUAAGAUCAGGUACAACUCCAAAAGGAGACACUGGAGAAGGACCAAACUGGGCUUGUAAGAGAGACUGUCUCCUGGGAACUCUAAUAACACUUGUCUUUCUGCGUCAGAUGGAUACACCCGUACGCUGUUUGGUGACCCCUACGUGCUUCCUUCUGUAGCGCUGGACUGUAAUCCCCAAUGUUUUGGUUGUGGAUAUUUUUUUAUAAGCUGGUCUGGGUUAUUGAUGUUAACUGGGAAAAUCUUGAACUAAUUUGCAUCUGAAACAUAAAGACUGUGUUCUAUUAGUGUUCUUUCUUUCCAUCACCAUCAUGGGUAUUGACAGUGUACAGGAUUACUAAUAAAUACGGACCUGAAUGA